AUGGAGCCCGAGGAGGCAGAUUUUCGGGGGCCUAGAGGCACGAGUCUGAUGGAGGCACAGGAGUCGGGUGAGAUGAUGGCGAGCAUGGAUGAGGCCAUGUUUGCACUGGAUGGGCUCAAGCUGCGCCAGCCAAUCAGGGUGCAGAGGUCUGCUGCCACGUCACUGGCGUCCAUCUGUUCGGCUGUGGACCGCCGUCGCCUGCUGCGCUCGCAGGGGCUAAUAAAGCAGAUAAUGGAUGCUCUUCUGCUUCUCCCAAUAACGGAUCAUCCUCUCGCUCUGGCUGCUGCAGCUAUUUUCUUCUUUGUCUCCUCUGAUGACGUGGAGAGCGACUUCCCAGACCCCUCCCACGCGCUCAGCUUCCUCCUCGCCCUCCUCGAACACCACAGCGCCCCUGCCCCUCCACCUGCCAGCCCAAGCCCCCGUCCCGCCCCUGCAUCUGCUGCCUCUCGUGGCAAGUCUCCUCCUGCGCGAGCAAGCUUUCCCUGGCGAGAUUGCCCUGUCAAGGGGGGGGAGAGGCGGGAGGCGGAAGCUGCAGCAGCAGCAGAGUCGCUGGUGCUGGCCACGCUGAAGCGGAUCUGCUCCUCUGUGAUCGCCCUCCAAGCGCCAGACAACACGCUGCCGCCCUUCUCCUCCAGUGGGCCCGGGCGGCAUCAGCUCAUGCGCGUGGGGCUAAAGGACGAAAUGCGCCGCCUGGGAGGGCUGCACCUGCUGGCGGCUGUGGCUGCCAGGCACAUGCUGCAAUUCCCCUCUCUCUCCUCGGCCACACUUGAGCCACGUGCAGGCGGCCUUGGAGCGAAAGAAGCAGACAGGGAGGCAUGGGGAGACGCCAAAAGGCGGAGGCUGGGGAGUAAGGAACAUCCUUUUGGUUUCGAAAAGAAGCACCACUUGCAGCAGAAGCACAAACGGAUGGGUGGUACUGCAGCAGCAGCAGCAGCCAGUGAGGGAUUGACACAUAAAGGAAGAAUCUCCACAGGUGUUGAUGUGGCGACAAGCUGUUUGGGGGUGUUGGAGCAUGUCACGUUCAUGAGCCGUGAUAACCAGGAUUAUCUCAUCCGCCUCUCACUGCCCACUGACACUCUGCCUGGAGCAAAGCGAAGAAAGUUGUCCGCCUGCCACACCGCCUCUCCCGCUGCCGCUCCCCUCAUGGCUGCAGCAGCCUCUAGUAGGGCUUUAGAGGAAGGGAAGGGGGCCAGCAGCAGUGAACGGCCGUUUCUUGCUCUCCUGUUGGAGUGCCUGGAAGGGCUAGCUGAGGAGGCGGAGGAUGAGGAGAAAGAGGGAGAAGUGGAAGAAAACGGAAAAGAAGGGGGGUUGAGAAAUUUCAAGGCUUACAGUGGUGCUGGUGCUGUUGUCCUGGGGGAGGCGGUAGAGGAGGAGCAGGAGAGUUCUGAUGAUGGAUCCGAGGAAUCUGGAUUGAGUGGCAGGGAAAGGCACAGACGAGCGAGCGGUGCAGUUGAGGGCGGUUCAGGGGUGAGAGAGAGCGGUGAUGGAGGGUUGGGCAUGGGUGAGGGCGUGGGGAAGGAUCCAUAUGAGUUUUUGAUGGACUCACAGGUGGAGGAGCUAUUAGUGGGGGAGGAGCUGAUGAUGGGGGAGGAAUGGGGGGGGAUGAGGGGAGGAGAGGGGUGCGGGGAGGAGCGGGGUGGUGUGUGUGGGUCGGGGAUAAGGCUGGGGGAGGAGGUGGAGGGAGAGAGCAGUGGGGGUGGUGAUGAGGGCGGUGGGCUGUGCAGGCAGGGGAAGAAGGUAGGACAUGGGAGGGAACAGAACGGGAGGGAUGGCGAUGGGGAUGGGGAGGGCGGUGGCACUUGCAAGGAGAGGCUGUCAGUGCGGUCGAGGGCAGGGCGACGGUUUGUGCUGGCAGCAUGCAAGGUGCUCAUGAACGUCACCAACCACAGUGCAGAGGGGUGCAGAGCGGUGGCAGGGGCGCACGGGAUUGCUGUGGUGGCGUCUCUGGCUGCAGCGUGCUUCUCUGACCGCUGCUGGCAGCACGCCCUCGCUUCUGCAGGAGAGCAGACAGAAAAGGAGGGAGUAGUGAGCAGGGAAGGCGGGCGUUGGGAGGGCGAUAGUGAUGUGCUGGUGGUGCUGCUGGGUCUGAUAGUCAACCUCGUGGAAGCUGAUAGUGAUGCCAGGUCCCUUCUGGCAGCAGCCACUUGCACGAGGCAAAAGCAGAGCCGGCUGCGAUCGAAGCAGCACAAGCGCCGUGGAUACACUACCCAUCAGCAGAGGCUUCAUGCGACCAGCACCACCAGCAGCGGGAGGCGAGGCGAGGAGGAGGCAGGGAGGGAAGAGGAGAGCGUGUCUAUGGUGUCACUCCUUGACGCGGAAAGGACCGCAGUGGCGGGAGGGAGUGGGGGUGCGGAAGAGAUGGGAAUGGCGGAGCAGAGGCGACAGGCGGAGCGGGAAGUGGAGGAGCUGCAGAGAAGCGUGCUGGGGCAGGGAGAUAUGGUGCUGCAGGGGGAGACGAUGGGAGAGGGGGUGGGGACAGGAAAAGAGAUGGGGGAGGAGAUGGGUUCGGGCGAGAUGGUGAUGUCGAUGAUGGUGGAGGGGGCAGUGGAGGCGGAACAGCUCAUCAUGGAGUCACAUGCUGCUCUGGUGCUGGGGCUGCUGGCGCAACACAGGUGUGUGUGUGCGUGUGGUGUCAUGCUGGUGUGUGCAAUCAUCAUGUGA